UGUUGAGUUGCAGUCUUUUGGGUUCUAUAAAUAAUAUUGAAAACUCUUUCCACUUGCACAUGCAAUUUCAACAUUUACUCGCCCUCUCCUUCUUCUUCCUCAAACUUUAGUCUCCUUCUCAGUUCUCAGAAAGUUCAUCAAUGGCGGCCACUACUACUAAUACUGACAGUAUGUUGAAACCUCACGUUGCAUUCCUCCCGAGCCCCGGAAUGGGCCACAUAAUACCUCUGUUAGAGUUCGCCAAACGCUUGGUUCAACAUCACGGCGUACGCGCCACCUUCUUCCUCAUCUCCACCGACGCCUCCGCCGCUCAAAACGAUCUCCGCCACUCGAAGUCGCUCCCCGCCGGCCUCAACAUCGUCGAAAUCCCUGAAAUUGACACGUCGGGGAUUUUCAACGACGACAUGAAAAUCGUUACUAGGAUUUCGGCUAACGUCGGCGCGUCGAUCAAGCUUCUUCCGGCGAUUAUUAAACGGCUCCCGGAUCUCCCGAAAGCUCUCGUCAUCGAUUUGUUCUGCACGCAGGCUUUCGAUGUCUGUAAAGAGCUUUCGAUUCCAAUUUUCUCUUUCUGGACCGCUUCUACUUGUCUUCUUGCGCUUUCGCUCUAUCUUCCGACGCUAGAUCGGGAAGUCGACGGCGAGUUCGUUGAUCUUCCGGGGCCGAUUAGGGCUCCGGGAUGCAACCCGAUCCGCCCGAAAGAUUUAAUAGAUCAGUUAACGAACCGGAAGAUUGAAGAGUAUAAGUGGUACUAUUAUCACGUUAGCCGGCUUCCAUUAGCCGCCGGAAUAUUCGUGAACAGUUGGGAGGAUAUGGAGCCAGUGGAUCUUCGCGCUCUGAAAGAAAACGCUUUCUUUCAAAGCAUUCCGAUUCCGCGUGUUAUUCCGAUCGGGCCGUUGAUUAAACAAGACGAAGCCGUGAACGGAAAUGGAGCCGAGAUUUUGGCUUGGCUUGACGAUCAGCCACCGGAAUCCGUUUUGUUCGUGGCGUUUGGGAGCGGCGGGAGUUUGUCCACCAAGCAGCUCACCGAGCUGGCUUGGGGGUUGGAAAUGAGCCAACAGAGAUUCAUUCUCGUGGCGCGUAAGCCGAGCGACGCUACCCCGUCGGCUUCAUUCUUCCGCGCCGGCGGCAGCGACGACGGAGAUGAUCCGUUGCUGUACUUGCCGGAAGGUUUUGUGGGGAGAACCGCCGGCAAGGGGCUUGUGGUGCCCACCUGGGCCCCACAAGCGGCCGUGCUGGGCCACCCUUCAACCGGGGCUUUCUUAUCUCACUGCGGGUGGAACUCGACACUGGAAAGCAUAGUUCAUGGUGUUCCCAUCAUUGCUUGGCCGCUUUACGCGGAGCAAAAGAUGAAUGCCGCCAUGUUGUCGGAGGAGGUUGGUGUGGCGGUGCGGCCAGCGCCGGCGGCCGGUGAAGAAGUGAUCGGAAGAGCGGAGAUCGAGAGGGUGGUUAGGUUGGCGAUGGAAGGAAAGGAAGCCAUAGCCAUGAAGCUCAGAGUAAAAGAGCUCAAAGAGAGUGCAUUAGUGGCUCUGAAUGAGGGUGGGCAAUCCUAUAAUAAUAUAAGUAGCUUUGCUCAUAUCCUUCUCGAAUAGCUCAUCACAAUGCAUUGAUAAGGUGGCAUGAACUAGCUAGGGUGAACCAUCCAAUAAUAAUUUAUAUGCAUCUUUUUGCUCAUAUUUAUUUUUGUCCCGAAUAGUGAGGGUGAAUUUCUUUUUGUCAAAUAAAAAGUUCUCAAAGACCGUGCUUUAGUACCAUCGGGUGGGUAAAUCAUACCAUGAAUCAGGAUCUAUUUUGCA